UCUUUCUCUCUUUGCCCCCCCUCCUUUCGCCCGCCGGCUCAGGUGAGCGAGGCUAAGGCGCGACGAUGGUCGCCAUUUCCUGAGCAACCCCCCCCCCCACCCGCGGUGACGGCGCAGCGGCAUCAGCGCUGACGUGGGGGCGACGCGCGGCCUCGCCCGGCCCAAUCCCUCCUCCCCGACCUACUUUCCCCUGUGACGGGGGCGCCACGUACUCGGACAAAUGACCAUGGAAACAGGUGAAUCACAACAAGAUGGCAAUGCAGCAGACUCUGUUGCAGAAAGUGAUGCUGCUUCUAUACAGUCUCCAUCUGGCCAAAAUCAGAUCUCUACUCUAGCACAGGUUUCUGUAGCGGGAUCAACAACUGGAAGAGGAUCUCCCUCUGUAACUGUAGUGCAAUUGCCUUCUGGUCAAACAGUCCAUGUGCAGGGAGUGAUUCAAGCAACUCAGCCUUCAGUUAUUCAGUCACCACAGUUGCAAUCUGUUCAGGUAGCAUCAGCUACAAGUGCAGAUGAAUCUACAGAGUCUGAGGCUGUCAUUGAUUCUCAGAAACGGCGGGAGAUACUUUCAAGGAGGCCUUCAUAUCGAAAAAUUCUGAAUGAACUUUCUUCUGAUGCACCCGGUGUCACUAAGAUUGAAGAAGGAAAGCCAGAGGAAGAAGGAGCGCCCUCUGGCAUCCCUGCCAUGGCAGUGCCAACGAGCCUUUAUCAGACUAGCACCGGGCAGUACAUUGCUAUAGCCCAAGGUGGAGCAAUCCAGAUCUCUAACCAGGCAUCUGACGGCGUUCAGGGGUUGCAGACAUUAACAAUGACAAAUUCAGGAGCUCCUCAGCCCGGUGCUACAAUUGUACAAUAUGCAGCCCAAACAGCUGAUGGCACACAACAGUUCUUUGUACCUGGGAGUCAAGUUGUUGUCCAAGCUGCUACAGGUGACAUGCCAACUUACCAGAUCCGAACUCCAACCACAGCCUUACCUCAAGGGGUAGUCAUGGCAGCAUCCCCAGGAACGUUGCAUAGCCCACAGCAGCUCGCAGAAGAAGCAACACGUAAAAGAGAGCUAAGGCUCAUGAAAAAUAGGGAGGCUGCAAAAGAAUGUCGACGGCGGAAGAAAGAAUAUGUGAAAUGUCUGGAGAGUCGUGUUGCGAUGUUAGAAGUUCAAAACAAGAAACUUAUAGAAGAGCUAGAAACCUUAAAAGACAUUUGCUCUUCCAAGACAGACUAGUAUCAAUAUUGAAACUGUGAACUGGCUACAGCAUGUACAGAUGCUUCUGCAGGCAAUGUCUAGUCAACAAGAAUUAUGACUUUUCCUUUGUAUCAUUUGUCUUCUACUCCAACCUCUAACAUUCCUGAAACGCUGCAUUUUUGUAGAUUCUUAAUUGAAACUUCAGGUGUCUUUCUGAUCCAGAAAGAGUCAAAUGGUUAAGGCAGUGUCUGUUCCAUCUUUUCAAAAUGCAACAAGUGUAAGAGCUGUUCCUCUGCCCAAUCUUUGCAUUAAUUACUUUAAAUGUAUAAUUGUGGUUGUUCCCACUUGCACCAGUAUUUUAAAGUGAUCAAAGAUAAUGCAUCCAACACAAUAAAAUGAAAACCACCCUAAGUAUCUCAGGAAAGAGUUAUAUAUAUAUAUAAGUAUAAAUAAAUAAAUAAAUAAAUAAAUAAAUAAAGGUAUGUUGUAAUGACAUACAUGUAUUAGAAUACUAGUUUACAAAUGAAUUUAUGGCAUAUUUUUAUAUUCAUCACUUUGUGAAGAAAGUAUUGUAUUGCUGUCACUGAGUGCCAUGGUUGAAACUAGUUUUUAAAUAGAACCAUGUUGGUUAAACUUUGUAGUGUUUGGUGUUUAUUUGAACAUCUGGCCCAGCUAAGAAAUUUUAAAAUUUAUGCUGCAUGUUAUGAAGUAAUUUUAGCAGACAUAUUUACGGUGUGUCUUAUAUUUCAUAAGCCACCUCCAGAAUUGUAAUGCAGGGAUUUAAAAUCUGCUCAUGCAUGGGCCCACUAUUUGCACAAAGACUACUUGUAAAUAAUACUGGCGUUGGUAUUUUUAAAGGUCUGUGUCAUACCAAUGAUUCCCUUGUCAUCAUCUUCCAGGCUAAGCAAUCUUUUUUAAAGGGUAUUUCACACAACGUGCACAACCAUGGUUGGUCAGCUCUACUCGGUGGCUGUUGCCUGUCAAAAUCUUAUUAAAAUGCCCAAAGUGGGAGGGGAUUUUUACUAUUUGAAAUGUGCUGUGGAUGUAAACCACAUUUGCUGAAGGUGAUUUAUUUCUUGUCCAUCUAAUCAAUAGAAGUACAAAGUGUUUCUCUCCACUGCCAUCCUCCGUGCCCCCUUCAUUUGGCUAUAUUGCUUUGCAGUUGUGUGACGCUUCUCUCUUUCUCUUGUGUUUCCUCAUGGCCUCCAUUCCCACACCUGCUUAGCUGAAGCAGUGUUUCCUUCUGAUGUGGAGUUCUUUAACGAGAAAGCACAUAUAGACAUCGAGCAACUCUUCAGGAACUGUGUACACACCACACAUUUAAAGCACAUUUACUCCCCACCCCCCCCCCAAAACAGAAUCUUAAGAACUUUGACUUGUUGAGGGUGCUGGAGAUUGUAAUUCUAUGAGGGGUAAGCUACAGUUUAUCCAGAUAUGCUUUAAACAUGAGAUGUGUUUGCAGCCACAAUUGCUGUCACAAACAGGAGCUGGGGGGGGGGGAUUUCCUUUUGCAUGAACAUAGCUGUGCUUCCUUUCCCUGUGAUAGCAUCCUUGGGCAACCGGAUAGAGUAAAAUCACAAAAGACUUUGCAAACAAAUAUUUUGAAAAAAGAAUACUGGAACAGAUUCAUUCCAAGCACUUUUUUAGAUGAUGAACUGUGGAUAUGUCCUGUAAUUAAAAUGAAUUGAAGUUUAUUCUUCUGUUUUUUUUUAAAUGAAAUAAAAACAGUAAACAACAAGUACCAAUUCUGCCAUUUUGAUGAUGGAUCUGCUAGAAGAAAUUCUUCUAGUUGGCUGCCAUUUGCUUUUCAGAAGAUAGUGGAAAAUAGAUAUCUGGAGCACUUCUCAAGACUUCAGCUCCUCACAUUUGGCAAAAAAAAGAAAAGAAAAGACCUGUUUCUCAGUUCUUUUAAAGUAUAUUUGAAGUGCAAUAAAUAUGUCAUGGUGAGGUAGGUGCUUGUUGCUUCCACUUAACAAAUGGUAAACUUGAAGCUGAGAAAUUGCAGCGUGUACAGGCCUAGUCAAUGGAAACUUGGAAGGAGACCCUGGAACUCCUGUCUUUUGCAAACAGGUUAUUCAGACAGCUCGGUCCCAGCUCCUGCCAACCUAGCAGUUUGAAAGCACGUCAAAGUGCAAGUAGAUAAAUAGGUACCGCUACAGCGGGAAGGUAAAUGGUGUUUCCGUGUGCUGCUCUGGUUCGCCAGAAGCGGCUUUGUCGUGCUGGCCACAUGACCUGGAAGCUGUAUGCCGGCUCCCUCGGCCAAUAACACGAGAUGAGCACCGCAACCCCAAAGUCGGUCACGACUGGACCUAAUGGUCAGGGGUCCCUUUACCUUUACCUUUAUUUAGACAGCUACUACAGGUUGCUUCAAAGCAGAAGGGCUUGGUAAAUGUUUUAUGUGCCAUAGAAUCAUAGAACUGUAGAGCUGGAAGGGACCCUGAGGAUCAUCUAGUCCAAUCCCCUCCAAAGCAGGGAUAUGCAGUUUUCCCAUAUGGGAUUGAACCUGCAACCUUGGCAUUAUCAGCACCAUACUCUAACCAACUGAGCUAUUCGUGGAGUUAACUGGCCAGCAGCAAAUUGUUGGUACAUGUAGUUGUUCUAGAGGUUUAUUGGAAGGAAUGCCUUAUCAUUUCAAGUUCACAGCUCUACCCAGACAAAACAACAGGCAAGGGAUGUGGCAGUUAACCUUCAAUAAAAUAAAGCACACACUGUUGUUAGAGAAGAACAAAAUACUUGCUUAGAAAUAGGGUACUAAAGAUGUAAUGAAUAUGUAAUUCUUGAAAAAGCUUAUAGAAUUGGUAUGUAGCUUUUGUUACGGUCUCAGUAAGAUUGAUAAUGAUAUUCAUAGUAAAUAAUAAAGGAUUUUGUCUGUUUCCACACUA